ACCAAAUCAUUGAUAUCCUGUUAUUUCUCACGAGACUAAAGAUCAAUUUGUCAAUCAGACAUUUCCCAGAUGGCUGGGUCAAGACAUCCCCAAUCCAGGAAGUCCCCCUGAAUAUCCUGUCUCUGUUGACGGGAUCGGAGUUCAUUUUCCCAGAACGAACUAAUCUAUCUACUAGUUUGUGCUUCUUGAUUAACUGUUGUUAAUCUGUUUUGACCUACUGCACACCAAAUGCGGGUAACACUUUCGAAUUCAGAGUUGGACUAAGGUCGCAUCAUGAAGUUUUUCUCAUUUGUUAUAUACCUUAGUGUGUCAGUAGUGAUUGUUUUAAAUUUGGUUCAAGUCGUUCUCACAGAAAAAAGAGGUUUCAUUUUGACAUCACCGAAAGCGCUAAAAACUGGAACUCUAGAACAUUUGACCUUGACUCUAUUUCAAAUCCCAGAUGGAGGCCUCAUAACUAUAAGGUUACUCAAAGCAGAAUCGGAUGAUGUUUUAUCCGAAGCAAAAGUAUAUGCUCAAUCUUCACACAGUACUUGGGUAGAACUAGCAAUUCCAUUGGUAUCUGAUACUAAAGCCAGGUUGCAUGUUAAGGGUGUAUUCAACUUAGCUGAUGGCUAUCAAAUUAAUUCUGUAAAAGAAGUUUAUCUUACUCCAAAUUCUUUAAUAACAUUUAUACAGACUGAUAAACCUAUAUACAAACCUGGACAAACAGUUAGAUUCCGAGUAUUUCCUGUAGAUGUAUUUUUAAAACCAAUAGACAGUAAGUCGAUAGGAGAUAUCUGGAUUGAAAAUCCUACUGGUAUACGUGUUGCUCAAUGGAAGAAUGUAUCUUUUACCAAUGGUUUAGUUCAAUUGGAACUUCCUCUUUCUGGAGAACCUUUAUUAGGAGAUUGGUUGAUCCACUCAGAAAUUUCAGGAAAAUCUGGACAACAAUCAUUUAAAGUGGAUAAAUAUGUACUGCCAAGAUUUGAAGUAACUAUUAUACCACCUCCAUUUAUAUUGGCUAAUGCAUCUACAAUAUUUUGGAAGAUAUGUGCAAGAUAUACCUACGGAAAGAGAGUAGAUGGAAUUUUAACUGUUCAUAUUACAUAUAAGAAAUAUGAAUGGGAGAAGAGUAGCAAAUACAGCAGGGAGUUACCUUUUAUUGAAAUUGAAGAACCAGUGAAUAUCAUAGAAAAUGCUACUAGCAUCUCGGAAGUUACGCAUAAUCCACUCGAAAUUGUGUUUUUAGAAGCUAAACUAGGAAUGAAUUAUUACAAACCGGGUCUUCCUUACCAUGGAACUGUAAAAGUUACAACUCCGAAUGACAUUCCAGUUUCUCACGAACCUAUUCAAAUUUGUUGCAAAGGUGUUUGCAAGACUUUUAUAUCAGAUAAAAAUGGACUUAUUCAUUUUAGCAUUCCUCCUCAACCGUUUUCUUACAAUUCUGAGGUUAUGUUAGAAGCGAAAGCAAUUAAUUAUCGGGAUGAACCGUAUGAAACUUGGGGCAUGAAGAUUUAUCAACCACACACUACUAUGAUUUUACUUCCUUGGUAUUCUCCUUCCAACAGUUUUAUACAGAUACAACCCUCGAAAGUCAAAUUUUCGUGCGAAAAACUCGAACACGUUAAAAUUAAAUAUACCACGACUGAUAAAUCCAGAAUAAAAUUCUAUCAUCAGAUUAUAGCUCGGGGAUUAAUAGUUCAACAAGGCUCUCAUUGGAGGACUUUCAAUCCUGCAGAAGAUAAAAGCCAAGAGAUUGAUGAUACUUAUAUCAUUGAUGAAAACACAAGAUUGAGAAAUUGGAUAUCUAACGAGACAAAUACAUCUUACGUUGGCGAAUUUUUGUUGAAUUUCGACUCUAGAUCUUUCAUGUCUCCAACUUCUAGACUUCUAAUAUUUUACGUACGACCUGAUGGCGAAACAGUAGCCGAUUCCCAACACUUUGAAUUACACAGUUGCCUUAAUAAUAAAGUGAAGUUAAAGUUUCGUCAAGGGCAACAAUAUCCAGGGACGGAAGCUACCUUGCAUCUGGAAGCGAGUUCAUUUUCGUUUUGUGGAAUAACAUUCGUUGAUAAAAGUAUAAACUUAAUAAGCUCGGAUAAUAGAAUGACAGUCGAAAAUGUAUUUAAACAUUUGAAUAAGUUUGAUUCACAUGAAAAAUUUCUUCCACAACACGAAAAUAACGAAUAUUGUGAUAAAAAGAAACUUAUUAAGAAACCUUCAACACCUAUAAAUCAAAAUGUACCAUUGGACGAAGAUCUACGUAGGAAAAAAAGAUCGCUUACUCCUUAUAAAUAUUCAUCAACUUAUGCAGAUGCAAUGACUGCAUUUGAGGAUGCAAGAAUGGUAGUCCUGUCGGAUUUAACAUUGGAGACAAGACCAUGUGUAUAUAUGCACUUUGAAGAUUCUCCCCAUGAUAGAACUUUCUUUCCGUUUUUAAGAAAGAGUGGAACAGGAAAUUCUCUUCCUUCGGCUAUUCCUUUAGAAAUGGUUAUUGACAACAUUGUUGCUUCUCCUCCAAGUUCUACACCGAAAUCUGCAUCAAUAAUUAGAAGUUAUUUUCCGGAAACAUGGUUGUGGCAACUUCAGCCAGUUGGAGAAAUUGGAGAAGUGAUAUUUAGCCAUAAAUUACCGGAUGCAAUUACAGAAUGGACGGGAAAUGCCAUAUGUAUUAAUAAGCAGCGUGGUCUGGGCAUAUCUGACACUACAUCUAUAAUAACUUUUCAACCUUUCUUCGUCUCCAUAAUUCUUCCUUAUUCCGUAAUCCGCGGAGAAAAAGUACCGAUAGUUACAACGAUUUUUAAUUAUUUAUCCGAUUGUCUACCCGUUAAAUUAUCAUUAGAAGCAACAGAUCAAUUCAAAAUUAUUGGCAGUAAUACUCACAAAACUUGUGUAUGUGGAGAUACUAGUAAAACUCAUCGCUUUAUGAUUCAACCGAAAAUUCUGGGUAAUAUAACUAUCACUGUUUACGGAUAUUCAUUAGAUGAUGAUGCUAUCUGCGAUAAUCAACCCACAGCAAGAUUAAGAGCACGCGACGCUGCUACUCGGAAAUUAUUAGUUGAGCCGGAAGGUUUUUAUAAAGAGAAAGUAGAAACGAUAUUUUUUUGCCCCAAAGAUAUGCUGAAUCCAUGGCCAUCUCCUCCCAAGAUGCAAACACAAUCGCCAAGGUGUUCUUUUGCAAUUUCGUCUGCCGAUUCGGGUGCCCUGACCGUACUAAUAUCAGAUCAAGGAUCGAAUUUGACAUCUAGUAGGAUGGAGGAAGUGUGCCAAAUGUUAGAGGUCAAACGAAGAGUGAUGACAGCAUACCAUCCCACAUCUAAUGGCCUCAUCAAACGGUUUAGUAAAACAAUUGUUGAAAUUAUCACCCGCAUAUCAGAUAUGGAUAAUUGUAAUUGGGAUACCCACCUCCCAGCAUCCAUGUUUGUAUAUAGAAACACUGUAAAUUCAGCCACAGGUGAGACGCCCAAUUUUUUAAUUUACAAUUUUGAUCCCCACUUCCCUAAUGGUGACAAGAUAAGAGUCAAGUUGAACCAAAACAUAGAAAGUUACCGCUCAGAUCUUGUGGAGAGACUUGUACACAAAAUACCGCAUGCUGUAAAUGAUGAGAGCAAAAGAAUGAGUCAGGAAUAUUGGAAUAGACACCACUCUCUCCGAAAAUUUGAAAUAGGAGAAUUAGUAUGGUAG